GUAUCCGAGUGCUUAAUUGUACAAAACGUUACCAAUUACACAACAAUAGGACGUGCUUGGUAAUCUAAUGGCCCCAGGUUAACAAAGACAAUCAUUUGCUUUAUAAUCUGUCUGCAGAACGUGGCUGCAAAACGUGCUUCCACUUUCUUUCUCUCCACAAGGCCAUUUGUUGUCAUGUGUCUCCCCACCAACUUUUGUUUUUCUGUUAUUCAGCCUUUUAACCAAAUUCACAGUUAGCAAUCUCACAAUAUCUGGGAUUGAUGAUGCAAAGAGGCCAAUAGAAGUGUGGGCCCUGCACCGUGGAUUGUUAUUUGGUGAGUGGAUGUUAUUGGGGGGAAAGGGGCUGCGCCAAUGAGCGCGCACCGCCGCGGCCACGUGACUACCCCCCUCCUCUCCCAUUCAUCAGGGCUGGACUGUGUUGUCUUUUCAAUUCAUUUAUCUGCAGGAAUGAUUGCGACUAUCAGUCUAGAGCUCACCGCCUGACUGAGGAGGUGAAAGUUGCGCCACAGGAAGAUAAACCGCAAAAGACAAUAUUGCAUGUAUACAUGAUUUUGCGUGCGCAUCGGAUGAGCGGUAGAGGGGAAUUCCUCGCGUCUUGAGAAGAGAGAGAAAAAAAAGUAAACAGAAAAUCGGUGGAUUUGAGAGUUUUGCUCAGUCCAGUGAGGUCCAAGAAGACACGAGCGAGAGGGGGGAGGAAGAAUAUCUGUGCGUGGUUUUUUGAUUCCUGCUCUCAGUCGUCUCGGCGAGUCUAGACUGAAGAUGCUCUUGGACGCCGGACCGCAGUAUCCCACCAUAGGAGUCACUACUUUCGGCUCCUCGCGGCAUCACUCAACAGGCGAAGUCACAGAGCGAGAAGUGGCGUUGGGGAUAAAUCCGUUCGCAGAUGGGAUGGGCGCCUUCAAAAUCAACCACAGCUCCCACGAUAUUGGCUCCGGACAGACGGCGUUUUCCUCCCAGGCGCCCGGUUACGCAGCAGCCGCCUUGGGACACCAUCACCACCCGACCCACGUUGGCUCUUACUCCACGGCGGCUUUCAACUCCACCAGGGACUUUCUGUUCAGAAAUCGGGGUUUCGGGGAUGCCACCGGCGCGCAGCACAGCUUGUUCGCCUCGGGAAGUUUCGCAGGGCCACACGGACACUCAGAUGCAGCGGGGCACCUGCUCUUUCCGGGGCUCCACGAGCAGGCGGCGAGCCACGCGUCUUCCAACGUGGUCAACAGCCAGAUGCGGCUGGGCUUCUCGGGGGACAUGUACGGACGCGCCGAGCAGUACGGCCACGUUACGAGCCCCAGGUCCGACCACUACGCCUCGACCCAGCUGCACGGCUACGGCCCCAUGAACAUGAAUAUGGCCGCGCACCACGGCGCAGGGGCCUUCUUUCGGUACAUGAGGCAGCCGAUCAAGCAAGAGCUCAUCUGCAAGUGGAUCGAGCCGGAGCAGCUGACGAAUCCCAAAAAGUCGUGCAACAAAACUUUCAGCACGAUGCACGAGCUGGUGACCCAUCUGACGGUGGAGCAUGUGGGGGGACCGGAGCAGACCAACCACAUUUGCUUCUGGGAGGAGUGUGCCCGAGAAGGGAAGCCGUUCAAAGCCAAAUACAAACUUGUGAAUCAUAUCAGAGUACACACCGGAGAAAAGCCCUUUCCGUGCCCGUUCCCCGGCUGUGGCAAAGUAUUUGCUCGAUCGGAAAAUCUAAAAAUUCACAAAAGGACUCACACCGGUGAGAAGCCUUUUAAGUGUGAAUUUGAAGGCUGCGACAGGCGAUUUGCAAACAGCAGUGACCGCAAGAAACACAUGCACGUCCACACGUCGGACAAGCCCUAUCUGUGCAAAAUGUGCGACAAGUCAUACACACAUCCCAGCUCCCUCCGAAAACACAUGAAGGUCCACGAAUCCACCAAUCCAGCAUCGCAGCCGUCUCCAGCGGCCAGUUCAGGGUACGAGUCGUCCACACCUCCCACCAUAGUAUCACCGUCCACAGAGAACCAGAGCAGCAGCUCCAUAUCACCAGCAGCCUCAGCAGUCCACCACACAACCAGCCACAGCACGCUGUCGUCAAAUUUCAAUGAAUGGUACGUGUAAAUAUUUUUGAAAACGGCAGGAAAGAAAGAGACAGAGAAAGAGUGAGAGAGCGAGAGAGAGAGAAAGCGAAAAAAGACUGCAGAAUUUAAUAGGAGAAAAAAAAACUGCUUGGAAUCAAAGACUCCAUAAAGUCAGCCAGUGGACUGAGAAAACACGGGAGGCCCAAACGAUCAAUUAAAGGCUGUCUUUAAUGAAAGAGAAUGCAUGGACUUAAAAAGGAGGCGAGGACAGCCACCAACUUUUUUUUUCUUCUCCUCUCCCCUCGAUAUUUCUUUAUUUUUACUGAGAGACUUGCUCAUAAUGAGAUCUCAAAAAAAGCAUGCUAUCUGCGGGUAGAGGCCUGGCAAUUGUUUUUUUGUACAUAAAGGAUUUCACCCAAGUUGGAGGAAGAAAAAAAAUGUAAUAUUUUAUUGUGUAAAUAUCACAGUUUAAGGGAAAUUUGUGAAAAAUGUGGUCCCUAGAUAUAUGGAAAAAUGAGAUGGUUUUAAGAAUAUUGCGAUGAAUAGACUUCAUUGAAAAGAAUGUUAUAGUUGUGUACCAAAUGUGAAUUAUUCAGUAUUACUACAGUCUACACGUCGAUCUAACCGACUCUUAGUAUUAAUGUGCUUUUGUAGCCUAUUCAGUGCAAACAUUUUCGUCCAAGGUCCAGUUUGAGUAGCACCAGUAUCAUUGUUGUUAUUUAAUGUCAUGUCGAGAAAAUCGUGUAGUGAAAGCCUGAAAUUCCGUGUCAAUCUGUUUAUGUACGUGAUAAAUAUAAAAAAAAAAUCUCUUGUCAAUUGCUUUGUCUGAAAGGAAGUAUUAUUACAUGUAAGUAGCUCAAUUUUCCAUAUUUAUCCGCAUGUAAAGGACCGGUAACAUGUUAGAAAUGAUCGGUAUUUAUGGAGAAAUGCGCUCGUAUGUAAAAUUUAGUUUACAACAAAAAAAAUGUUUGGAUACAUUUCGUACUAUAUUAAAGGAUUAAAAAAUACAAUAA